AACCCGAUGCGAGACAAGUAUUUCUCCACGUCCAUCUCCACAGAAGCGGCACUGUAGUUUCACUUUCAACUUUUGGAAGUGCUCAGAUGUUCAGACCUCCUCCUGUCUCGUUCUGCUCAGCUGACGUCAGCCCGUCGACACUCCCUUUUCCCCAGCAGAGGGAGAAAGAUGGCGCCCACACACGUACUGAGAUGCUGUCAACGGGGCUUAGCAUGGAUACCUGUGAUUUUUAUCGCCCUGGUCGUCUGCUGGUCGUAUUACGCCUACGUGGUGGAGCUUUGUAUAUUCACCAUCCCAAGUAUAGGAGAGAAGAUCAUCUACCUGAUCUUCUUCCACCUCUCUUUCAUCAUGUUUGUAUGGUCUUACUGGAAGACCAUAUUCACCAAGCCUGCCAACCCUUCCAAAGAGUUUUGCCUGCCCAAGGCUGAGAAGGAGCGUUAUGAGAAGGAAGAGAGGCCAGAGUCGCAGCAAGAGAUCCUGUGGAGAGCUGCCACAAGCCUGCCUCUGUACACCCGCACAGGCGCUGGAGCAAUCCGUUACUGUGACCGCUGUCAAGUGAUCAAGCCAGACCGAUGUCAUCACUGCUCAGCAUGUGACAUGUGUGUGCUGAAGAUGGACCAUCACUGUCCCUGGGUGAACAACUGUGUAGGAUUCUCCAACUACAAGUUCUUCAUCCUCUUCCUGGCCUAUUCGCUGGUGUACUGUUUGUUCAUUGCGGCCACAGUUCUACAAUAUUUCAUAAAGUUCUGGACAAAUGAGCUGCCAGACACUCACGCCAAAUUCCAUGUCUUGUUUCUUUUUUUUGUGGCGGCCAUGUUCUGCAUCAGUAUUUUGUCCCUCUUCAGCUACCACCUGUGGCUUGUAGGGAAGAACAGAUCCACUAUAGAGGCGUUCAGAGCACCGGUCUUUAGGACAGGCUCUGAUAAGAAUGGCUUUUCUCUGGGUUUCCGGAAGAAUAUUGCUCAGGUCUUCGGUGAUCAGAAGAAGUACUGGCUGCUGCCUGUCUUCACCAGCCAGGGAGACGGUCUGACGUUCCCCACUCGACUGGUCAACGUUGAUGUGGAACAGGCCACAGUGACUCUGCAUCCGGAGCCAAAUAAAAGUUCCGCCGACGUCCCUGUGAGCCCGCUCAGCGAGUCCCAGAAUCGCCUCCUGAGCAACGAGCAGCACGCCAACAACACUGGAGACCAUCUGGCUAAUAACACCCUCAAAUCAGCUGAAAGUGAAACCAUUACAAUCUCCGUGGAGAGCGAAUCCUAACCAGGAGAAACACCUCAGUCAUCUAAUACGAUGCCUUAAGCAACACAACCGUUUAGUUCAUCACCAUGGCAACAGUCCCCCAGUGGAACCGCAUCCCCACAGACCCAUUCAGAGUAACUAUGGAAAUGCAGUCAAUUUGCCCGUCACAGCACAGCAAUGCAUUUAUAGUGUUGGCAUUUUUGCAUGCAGUGUCAUAAGCACAUCUCACACCUACUCCCAGAGGACAUGUGAUACAAGCUUGUUCCCAGUCACACCAACGCAUAUACACACGCUAACAUUCAGCUAUAUACCUAUUUCUUUGUGCUGUUUUUUUUUUCUCACGAAUGGAGCAUUAAUUGUUGAAGGAAAUCUAAGAGUCCUGGAGGAAAUCGGAGCUACUUUUGGUGUUUAAUGAGACAACUUUCUGUGCCAAAAGCUUCCCGGGUGAAACCAAGACUUCAUUUAUAGGCACAAAGCUGCAGUAAAGAGUGGGGGGGACAAGCUGGAGCGGAGCAGCACGUUUUGUUUUUGAACAUUUCCUCUCUCGCGUUUUUCCGAAAGGCAGUACACGCUGUGGAGACGGACGAAUCAGUUUACCUGUGUGACCGUUUUUUGUGUCUUAUUUUUAAACUAAUAACGUUGGAACGCAUUUAUGGUCCGCACCUUUUGAGAUGGAUGUUUCCCACCAAAAAAAAAAACAAAAACCUGGACUAUCUUACAGAGGACUCUACUGCAUGGUUCAGUGGACUGCGCCAGUGCACAACAGGACAGACUGUAGCUGGGUUUUGAGUGGCAUUUUGGAUUCCAGAGCACAAGAUGGCGCAUUUGCACUUUGUAGAUUAUCAAUGUCCAUCAAAAAAACGUGCUGCUUGUUUUUUUUAAUCAUGUCCAAAAAAAAAAGCAUCCCAGGUAUGACGGAUGUUGGAUGAUCAUGUGAUUUAUGGUAUAUUGUAUGCGUGUGUGUGUGAGAGAGAGAAUGUGUGUAACAGUUAAAGUGGCAGUCAUAUUUUUCCUUUUUAACAACUAACAGAGACUAAAAGAAUCUGCUUUAUGUGUUUUUUUGUGGCCAAUUUGUGUUAAAACCUGUUGUUUAUCAAUGGACAGUUCAACCUGGGAGAUGUAUUUCAUGCAAUGCGCAGCGUCCUUCCCGACCUGAUCUUUUCAAGUCUGAUCAGCGAUUCCUAGCCCGCAGUGUCUACAGCUUGUUUUUCUACAGCUCAGUGCUUCAACCUUUACUAAGAUACCAACACUCAUUGCCAAAUAAGGGCUGGCCUGUCAGGAGCUCUGACCUCUGAACCUGAAGUGUUUACAGCAUCUUAGCUUUAUCUUAACCUCACUGGCCAAUGUUCAUCAUAACCAAAUUGUAUUUACCAGUAGCUGUGGCGCAGUACUACACAUUUAUCUGUCCCUCCUACCUGUUGUGGGUCAUGAUGUCCUUGCAAUGCCAGUGCUCGCCAGCAGGUGGUGCAAAAGCUCCUGUUAUCUGCCCUCCUUCAUCUGGAGCGUUUUUCUGUACAUCAUCCAACUCAGGGCUCAAUUCGCUUUCAGUCUAAUUUGCAGGUGUGAAUUUAUUCACAAUAAGAUAUUUUCUUAAUAUCCAAUUAUUAUGCAUCGUUCCCCUGUAGUAACUCAUCCAGAUUUAACCUGAAAGUGAAUUGAACCCGUCUGAUCAACUGUAAAAUAGAGGCGUCGGCUACAGCUUCUGCUCACUUUGUCACCGUAGGCAUGUGUACAAUUUCAAAUCAGCUCAGUGUUGUGACCUUGAACUGUUAAAGAGCCUUAGUUUGUAUAAAAAGUUAACAGUGAAUUGUCUCGUGUCAGUGUUGAGCAUCUGAUAUGUGACCCGCAGGCUCUGACAAAAAAAAUCUGUAAAGGAACAGAAAUAAUUAGACUGUGUUACCACAUUAAAAAAAAAAAACAGUUGUUCAGGAAUGAGUUCCAUCCUAUUCCAAGGUUUGUUGUUGUUUUAGUGCAACUUUGAAUUCACGUCGGAGGGCGACAGCAAAUUUCCUGAUGUCCGUCAUUACUCGCAUCUCUGAUCACAUCCCUGACUGUUGCUGGACGAACCUCCUACUAACUAGAUCCCACCAGACUCUGGUGAUGUACAAGUUUACAGCUGUUUCUAUGGUGUAGUGUGAGGUAGCGGUGUUGUGAGAUGUGGAUGUUUCUCGGUAACAGUGUCACAGUUGAGUGAGCCACAGACGGGCCAGUGAAGGCAUCUGAUUGAAUAACGGCGCGAUAAAAACAGCCUGCUCUUCAGACUUUAUGUUUACGUUCUUAUCCUUCCAAUCAUGUUUGAGUAUAUUUCUAAGUACUCUUGACAAACGAGCAAUUGGGGGAUAUUUGUAAUCGUAUAAUCACACUGUGGUUGGAUCUCAAAGUAGCAGAUGACUGUUGGAGAUCAUGAUCCAAGCCAAGGUUAGGUUCUGAUCACACGCAGAUCUUUUCUAAACUUCACACUUGUAGUUAAAGAAAAAAAACAAAGCAGUUAUAUUGUGUACGUUGAAUUCGGAGCCUGGCUCGUUCCACUCGUCACCUACAGCCACUGAUUCUGAAACAUUGGACCUGUCGUCUUGUUGUUUUACACAUUGCCUAUAUUCUUUCUCUGGGCUGUUUGGCCUUGAGACUAAAGUGCGCGCGUGUAUUUUGUAAACGCUUCAGUGAGUGUUCUUUUGUAAUAUUGUUGUCUUGGGAGAAGUGCUUCUGUGCAGCCAUGAGAUUUUUACACGUCUGUGAACAUACAUAACUGUCUGACUAAUGCUCAAAAAGCAUGGCGCCUAACUUCUGUAUAAAAAUAAAAAGAAAAAAUUUUAAAAAAACAAAAGAAAAAAAGAGGAAAAAAGUGUUUUACCAUUAAAAAUGGGGGUUGUGGUGUUAUAACAAAAAUUGGGUUUUUUUCAACUAUAGCUAGGUGUGUCAUGUUUUUAAUUAGCUUUACUCUGGUCUGUCUCAACUUUAUAAACGAAGCCAUAAAAACUCCUGUGAAAACUGAAAAAGAAUCUGAGAACUUCAGUCUAACUUCAGUUAUUUUUUUAGACUGAAAACACGUCUCAUCUGCAUUCACAGCGCAGAUGUGGCCGAUCAUAACUUGCUUAUUGCUACACUUUGGUUUUCUUUUUUGUUACGAUGUCCUAUUUUACAAUGUGUCUAUAUAUAUAUUGAUAAUGUAAGAAGAAGACAACAUAUAUAUUUUUCUUGUCUGAUUAAUUUUACUGUUCCUAUUUUGUGAAUGAAGUACAUGCCUCUACACAAUUAACGUGAAAAUAACAAUAAAUGUUUUUUUUAAACCUCCAGUCUAA